CAACCGUGACCCCCUCCCUCCCAUCAUCCAACCACCGGCAAGCCCCACUCUUCCCAAGAUCAUGGCUCAUGGAAUGGGUCCUUCCGACUAUGACGCCCUGAGCAUCCAGUUUGGUACCCUGGGCAUGGAACCCACCAUCCGGAACAUCCCAGAAGAUAUAAUGAUAACUUUAUCCACCACAAGAAGUAUGGAGGUUGACCGGGAUGACUUUCACCAGGUGACAACAUUCCGCUGUGAAACUACGACAUUUGGAACCAUAAUAUUGAAAGUGGUUCCUGGAAGCAGAUCGACUAAACUGAUGGAGUCCUUCCAGUUCACUCAAAGCGUGUUGUGCAGCCUUCCGAAUGUAUUGAAGCCCAUAAUGGUCAUAGAAGUUGGUGCUUUCGUAUACUUCAUGCUAGAGAACUACGAUGAAGUAUGCAGUGAAAGACAUAAGAACAAAAACCUAUUGAGAGAACUUCUCGAAGCCGUGAAUUCGAUUAAUGAAGUAGGGGCCCAUGGAAUGCUCAGCCAUGGGGAAAACAUUGUGGUGAGUCAAAACCACAUCAAAAUCACUGGUGCAGUGCCGAUAAACAACAUGAUGCAAACUCACAAGGACCAGGACAUACAUGAUCUAGGCACGUUGCUUAAUAAUUU